UAGUUUCCUGUUUCUGCCUUCACUUCCUCCCACCCCCACUUCUACCCUAGUCCCUGCUUAAAGGCCUUGUUUUCCCUUCUAACGGCGCCACCAGUAGUCUGGGUUGCCACGGUCUUUACGCUUGUCUCAACGCCCCGUCGUCCGGCCACUGCGAUUCUCCGUUUAGCAGGCUCAGUCCACGGCGGGCCGUGAGUCCGGUUAAGUCCCCUCUCCGCUCUCCUGCUUACCGCUUCUCCGCCUAGCAGCAGGUACUAAUAAAGUUGUUGUUCGAAACGCGGAGGCACGUGCGGGGCGGUGGCCAAUCAGAGAGCAGCUUUGUAUCGAUAACGGCGCGAGUGUGAGACGUCAUCGCUAAGCGACGAUCUCUCUUGGGAAGCUUAUUUCCUAGAAACCGCUGUGCGGGGAGAGAGGAGGCCUUGGGAUGUCUCUGGCAGACGAGCUCUUAGCUGACCUAGAAGAGGCAGCAGAAGAGGAGGAAGGAGGAAGCUAUGGGGAGGAAGAAGAGGAGCCAGCGAUCGAGGAUGUGCAGGAGGAGACACAACUGGAUCUCUCCGGGGAUUCAGUCAAGAGUAUCGCCAAGCUGUGGGACAGCAAGAUGUUUGCUGAGAUUAUGAUGAAGAUUGAGGAGUAUAUCAGCAAGCAAGCCAAAGCUUCAGAAGUGAUGGGACCAGUGGAGGCAGCCCCUGAGUACCGGGUCAUCGUGGACGCCAACAACCUAACUGUGGAGAUUGAGAACGAGCUGAACAUCAUCCAUAAGUUUAUCCGGGAUAAGUACUCGAAGAGGUUCCCCGAACUGGAGUCCUUGGUCCCCAAUGCGCUGGAUUACAUCCGCACAGUCAAGGAGCUGGGCAACAGCCUGGACAAGUGCAAGAACAACGAGAACCUGCAGCAGAUCCUGACCAACGCCACGAUCAUGGUCGUCAGCGUCACUGCCUCCACCACCCAGGGGCAGCAGCUGUCCGAGGAGGAGCUGGAGCGGCUGGAGGAGGCCUGCGACAUGGCCCUGGAGCUGAACGCCUCCAAGCACCGCAUCUAUGAGUAUGUGGAGUCCCGCAUGUCCUUCAUCGCACCCAACCUGUCCAUCAUCAUCGGAGCGUCCACGGCCGCCAAGAUCAUGGGUGUGGCCGGCGGCCUGACCAACCUCUCCAAGAUGCCCGCCUGCAACAUCAUGCUGCUCGGGGCCCAGCGCAAGACGCUGUCCGGCUUCUCGUCUACCUCAGUGCUGCCCCACACCGGCUACAUCUACCACAGCGACAUCGUGCAGUCGCUGCCCCCGGAUCUCCGGCGGAAAGCAGCCAGGCUGGUGGCCGCCAAGUGCACGCUGGCAGCCCGCGUGGACAGUUUCCACGAGAGCACGGAAGGGAAGGUGGGUUACGAACUGAAGGAUGAGAUCGAGCGCAAAUUUGACAAGUGGCAGGAGCCGCCGCCCGUGAAGCAGGUGAAGCCGCUGCCCGCGCCCCUGGAUGGGCAGCGGAAGAAGCGAGGCGGCCGCAGGUACCGCAAGAUGAAGGAGCGGCUGGGGCUGACGGAGAUCCGGAAGCAGGCCAACCGCAUGAGCUUCGGAGAGAUCGAGGAGGACGCCUACCAGGAGGACCUGGGCUUCAGCCUGGGCCACCUGGGCAAGUCUGGCAGCGGGCGCGUGCGGCAGACACAGGUGAACGAGGCCACCAAGGCCAGGAUCUCCAAGACGCUGCAGCGGACCCUGCAGAAGCAGAGUGUGGUGUACGGCGGGAAGUCCACCAUCCGCGACCGCUCCUCGGGGACAGCCUCCAGCGUGGCCUUCACCCCGCUCCAGGGCCUGGAGAUUGUGAACCCACAAGCAGCAGAGAAGAAGGUGGCGGAGGCCAACCAGAAGUACUUCUCCAGCAUGGCUGAAUUCCUCAAGGUCAAGGGCGAGAAGAGCGGCAUCAUGUCCACCUGAGUGUGUGUGCUCAGGGUGGGUACCCACUAAAGGGACACAGAGGCCCAGCCCUUGUGAAGGGAUUGGGACUGGGGCUGGGAGGUUCUGGCAGGGAGAGCCUGCCCUGCUGUCUGCCCCAGUGCUGGGACCAUCCAGGCAGGCCUGGGAAGAAGCCCAGCCUGGCCUCCCGCAGCACCAAGAUCACUGCCCCAUUCAGAGGGCAAAGGAGGUUUUCAUCAUGCCUUGUCUUUUUAUUUUAACUGGGAAAGGAGAUGCUUGUUUUGGGAAAGAGUACAAUUAAAAUCACAUUAUCAAGAUCUG